CCUCACCGUCUCCUCCACUUCCAUCCUCCCUGCCCGGAGCCCCGGAGUCGGAGCCUCCGACCGCGCCGCAGCGAAAAAAAUAUCCCAUCACUCGCGCCCCGCCUCCGCCGCCGCCGCCCCAUGUUCGCUCCCGCCCCGCCGCACGCCUCCCUCCUCCUCCACCUCUCCCACCCGGCGGUCGGGCCCAGGGCGCGCCCGAGGCUGACGCGCUCCAGGUGCCUGGCGUCGCUCUCGCCCGUACCGCCGCCCGCGAACGCGAACCACCUCGUCCAGACGCUCUGCGCCAGCGGCCGCCUCGCGCGCGCCGCGGAGCUCCUCCGGGGCCUCCCCGCGCCCACGCAGCGCACCUACGAGUCGGUCCUCCUCGCCGCCGCGCGAGCCGGGGACGCCGCGCUCGCGGCGGCCGUGCACCGGAGGCUCGAGUCGGACCCCGCCUUCCGCUCCGACCCGUUCCUCUCGACCCGCCUUAUCGAAGCCUACGCGGCGCUCGGCGAGCUCCCGGCCGCACGCCAGGUGUUCGACGAGGCGCCCGUGAAGAGCAUCUUCGUGUGGAACGCGUUGCUCAAGGCGCUCGCGCUCGCCGACCAUGGCGACGAGGCCCUCGCACGCCUGGCCGACAUGGGGAGGCUCCGCGUGCCCGUCGACAGCUACAGCUACGCGUACGGACUCAAGGCCUGCUUUGCCGCAUCAGCGUCUCAUGUACCGGCGUCGGCCCUCGUACGCGAGAUACAUGCACAUGUUGUCCGCCGUGGUUACGGAUUGCACACACAUGUCGCCACCACUCUUGUUGACUGCUAUGCAAAGCUUGGAAUCGUCAGCUAUGCUGAGAGCGUGUUUGCUACAAUGCCAGAGAGGAAUGUUGUGUCUUGGACUGCCAUGAUUGGGUGCUAUGCCAAGAACGAGAGACCAGGUGAUGCAAUUUUGCUAUUCCAGGAGAUGAUGGCUUCUGACGAAGACCUUGUACCCAAUUCAAUAACAAUAGUAAGCAUCUUACAUGCUUGCGCUGGAGUGAACUCUCUCGGGCUGGGCAAACUAUUGCAUGCAUAUAUCCUCCGGAGGGGUUUUGACACACUUGUUUCAGUGCUGAACGCAUUGAUGGCGAUGUACAUAAAAUGUGGAUGCCUUGAAGCUGGGCGGCGUAUCUUCAAUUCAAUAGGACACCGGAAGGACGUUGUGUCAUGGAAUACACUCAUAUCUGGAUAUGGGAUGCAUGGAUUUGGCCAUGAAGCGGUUCAGGUGUUUGAGGUAAUGACCCAAAUGGGCGUUUCACCCAAUAUUAUCACAUUUAUCAGUGUCCUUGGGGCUUGUAGCCAUGCUGGACUAGUAGAUGAGGGGAAAAGGCUGUUUGAGUCGAUGGUGGAUUAUAAUGUCACUCCUCGUGCAGAGCACUAUGCCUGCAUGGUAGACCUCCUUGGUCGUGCUGGGCAUUUGGACGAAGCCGUUGAGCUCAUACAGGGCAUGCACAUUAGACCGACUCCUCAAGUGUGGGGCUCACUUCUUGGAGCUUGCAGGAUUCAUCGCAACGUGGAAUACGCAGAGAUGGCUUGCUCACAACUCUUUGAUCUCGAGCCUAGAAAUGCUGGAAAUUAUGUACUUCUUGCUGAUAUAUAUGCUCGAGCUAAGUUGCAUAGCCAAGUUGAUGUGUUAAAGGAUCUCCUUGAGGAGCAUGCAUUGGAGAAGCUGCCUGGAUGCAGCUGGAUAGAGGCGAAGAAGAAAUUGCACAUGUUUGUCUCUGUGGACAACAAGAAUCCACAGGUUGAGGAGCUCCAAGCUCUGAUAGGUGAGUUCGUGACACAGAUGAAGAAUGAUGGCUAUGUGCCUGACACAGGAGUUGUGCUGUAUGAUAUUGAAGAAGAGGAGAAGGAGAAAAUUUUGCUCGGCCAUAGUGAGAAGCUGGCUGUUGCUUUUGGGCUUAUCAACACUGGCAAGGGAGAAAUCAUCAGGAUCUCCAAGAACCUCAGGCUAUGUGAGGAUUGUCAUUCCGUCACCAAGUUCAUCUCCAAAUAUACAGAGCGAGAGAUUAUUGUGAGGGAUGUGAAUCGGUUUCACCACUUCAGGGAUGGAGUUUGUUCAUGUGGGGAUUAUUGGUGAAGAUGCUGCAGACUCUAUUAAUGUUUUCUGGAGCAUACUGAUUAUACAGAAUAACCACUGAAGAUGUAGGAACUGUUGUAUAGCCUAACAUAUUGAUUAGACUAGCCAUCGUGACUCAGUCUUUCAAGAGGUGCCUCAAUUCCUCAAACGAUUGCUGAGUCGUUCGUUUGCAGACAAUUUUGAUACAUUUGUUAUGGUGAUGGUCUUGUGGAUACCAGACAUGGAUAUGUAAUCAUGUAAUAUCCCACCUAGUAUUGACACUGAUAUGAGACUAUCCAUCAUCUGUCAUGGCUCUGAUCUAGAUCAGAGGUGGUGAUCUGGAGGGAGGCCGGAAUCUUCAGAAAAGGCAGAGGGUUCCUUUGUAAUCUUUGUACAUUCCUUGAUCUAAUAUUAAGUUAUUUUGGCCGGCUAAUUGGCCGGCUCGGCAAUGGUUAGAGCCUUGGAGGCCCCGAGUUGACAUU